AUGGCUACGAAUGCCACCCCGCCAGCGUCGCCUCCGUCUCCGGCAGGAUCGUUCUACAAUGUCAGAGACGAUGAGGAAGGGGAUUAUAAUGCAGUAACUUAUACAAGCUCGGGAAAAGGUGUGAGGCUGCUUUACUCUAAAAGCAAGGUCUAUGUCCAUCCGACUGCCUCUUCAAAGGACAAUAUACCCGGCUUUAUUGCAUUAGUUCAACAGAACGCCGCCUCCUCUGCUCCUCGCGAGAGUUCUCACUCUUCCUCCCCAUCCUCAGAAGAUAAAACCGUUGAUCCGUCAUCACUCCUACUGUCAUGGGUUCCCGAGUCAUCCUUGGGAGAUGAACGCAAUGUCUAUGUCAAAGUAGAUUUAUCAGACGGCAACUCACCUCCACGGACAUCUUACCUUGUUCCUCCACUACCCACGACCGAUAGCAAUGCCGGUCCUAUCGGGUCAUACGCAUUCGCCAUCCCGUUAUCCCAGAUAUACUCGCUCUUAGUUCGGCCACCCAGUCUAGGAUGGUGGUUUGGUAGUGUCGUUAUCAACACAAAGGCUGGAGAUAGUUUUCCUGCGCUGUUCUUCCACGACAGCGAAUGCGAGUCUACCAUAUUACAAAAGAAGAAGAGAACAAAGGAAAACUUUGACCCGUUCGCCGAUGAUGGAAGUAUGUUCUGGGGAGGUGAUGAAGUACUCCGAUGGUUGCGGAGAUAUGUUGAUGUCCAUCGCUCCGGAGAGGACCCAAGUGCCUAUCUGAUCAACCCGACUGAAGAAGAUAAGACAGCAUUCGGACAGGCCAAGGGUAAAAUAGAAAAACCAGGCGGCCAGCCGAGUUCUAGUAAAGCCCCGAAAGACGCGACAAUGGACCCCUUUACAAAGGCCCUCAAAGAAACAAGGUGGAUGGUCCUCGAACAGUUUAGCAAAAUCACAACAUUUACUCGCAGAACCGCUCAGGAUAUUGCAGAUAACCCUCGAGUGCCUCCGCAAGUUAGACGUCUUAUGAGGAAUCCCGAAGUGCAAACACUACAAGACGAAUUUGACAGCGCUAGACUGUACCUUGCCCGCUGGGCGAUGGGUAUUGCAGAACAGAGCGAACGGGAGCGCAACCAGCGAAUAUGGACAGCAAACGACGUAUUAGCUAUGGAAAACAGUUCCGUCGGUGAAUUUGAAAUUCUUGAUAUGGAAGCCGCCCAGAUGAGCAUCAGUGAUAAACGUAAACCAGUCACUCUGGAGGAGUGGAAUGGGUGGUUUCAUGGGACGACUGGGAGAUUACAGGUUACUGUUGGUGAGGCCAAGGAGCGGAUUUUCCAUGGUGGCCUGGAACCGAAUGAUGGUGUCCGAAAGGAGGCAUGGCUCUUCCUCCUGGGGUUCUAUGCCUGGGAUAGUAGCGAGGAUGAGCGACGAGCCGUCAUGAAUUCAAGAAGAGAUGAAUACAUUCGCUUGAAGGGGGCUUGGUGGGAGCGUAUGAUUGACGGAGCAUCCACUCCAAAAGAGCAGGAAUGGUUCAGAGAGCAGAAAAAUCGAAUAGAUCGGAAUAUUCCCCUUUUUGCCGGGGAGGACACACCUCAUCCAGACCCAGACUCACCGUUUGCAGAGACGGGGACAAAUGUGCACCUGGAACAGAUGAAGGAUAUGUUACUCACGUAUAACGAGUAUAACACAGAUCUCGGAUAUGUACAGGGUAUGAGUGACCUUCUAAGUCCAAUAUAUGCCGUGAUGCAAGACGACGCAGUGGCAUUCUGGGGAUUCGUUGGAUUCAUGGACAGAAUGGAACGGAACUUCCUCCGCGACCAAUCUGGAAUGCGUCAGCAGCUAUUAACUCUCGACCAACUCCUUCAACUGAUGGAUCCAAAGCUAUAUCUCCACCUACAAAAGGCAGAAAGUACCAACUUUUUCUUCUUCUUCCGCAUGCUUCUAGUCUGGUUCAAACGAGAAUUCGAAUGGGUCGACUGUCUUAGGCUCUGGGAAGCUCUAUGGACCGACUAUCUAUCUAGCAGUUUCCACAUCUUCGUUGCUUUGGCCAUUCUGGAGAAACACCGCGACGUGAUCAUGGCGCACCUGCAUCACUUCGAUGAGGUCCUGAAAUACGUCAAUGAACUCUCAAAUACAAUCGACUUGAUACCGACUUUGAGCCGGGCGGAGGCCCUAUUCCACCGUUUUGAGAAGAAGGUUGAAGCCAUUGAUAAGAAGUAUAACUUCCCGCAAGCACCUGUGCGGCAACGAACAACACGCCCAGCAUCUCAGCCAAGCAGUUCUUCUUCACCCCCUGCGGACAAUUCUGCCACAGCCACUGGAGCUAGCCCAUCAGCUACCGGAGGAGCUAAAGCUACCAACAAGGCCAGCUCUAAACCUGAACCUGAGACCAACCAGAUAAUUACUCCUCAACUUCGCAAACUACUCAGCCGGGAGGUAGAAGUUAUGGAUCCUAAAGAGGUUCGGGAACAUACACGCCUUGGGACGAAGUAA